UUACUCCUCCCCUCUUUAGCCUACAUUGCUGAGCAAGUUUCUUUCCUGUUUUCACCGUUCAGUAAAGGUGAGAGACGAAUCGCAUUGUUGACACCAUGUGGACUUUUAUUUAUUUAUUAUUUGAGUCGUGAAAGAUUCACGGGGACGUAUGGAUACAGUUGGCAACUGGCGGAGACGCACGAGGAGCGCGCGAGCCAACUGCAGACAACAAACCGGAGCACGAGCUGACGAGUCCGGUGUGCUGCGAUGUCUGAGCGUGGGAAACACGGAAGACGACCAUGACAUGGAGGAGGACACCGGUCUCUUCAAGCAGGACAGUCUGGAGCGGAGGGUCAUGGCGCCCCGCUACAGCCUGCUGCGGGAGGUAGGAAGGGGUACAUACGGCGUGGUGUAUGAAGCGGUGGCCCGCAGGUCCGGUGCUAAAGUUGCUGUGAAGAAACUGCGAUGCGACGCGCCGGAAAACGUGGAGCUCGCCUUACAAGAGUUCUGGGCGCUGGCGAGCCUGGAGAAACGGCAUCAAAAUGUGGUGCAGUUGGAAGAGUGUGUGCUGCAGAGGAACGGUAUGGCUCAGAAAAUGAGUCAUGGGAAUAAACGGUCUAAACAGUACCUGCGCCUGGUGGAGACUUCACUAAAAGGUGAGAGAGUGCUCAGUCCUCCAGAGGAGCCUUGUUACCUUUGGUUUGUAAUGGAGUUCUGUGAGGGCGGUGACCUUAACCAAUUCAUCCUGUCUCGGAAGCCCGACCCACGAACCAACAAUAGUUUUAUGCUGCAGCUGACCAGUGCCGUCGCUUUCCUGCAUGAAAACAACAUUGUCCACAGAGACCUCAAACCUGACAACAUUCUCAUCUCAGAGAAGUCAGGCACUCCAGUCCUCAAGGUGGCUGACUUUGGUUUGAGCAAAGUUUGCGCUGGUUUGGGUAACACCAGCGAGGGCAAAGAAGGUGAAGAUAAGAACAAAAAUGUGAAUGUCAAUAAAUUUUGGUUGUCGUCGGCAUGCGGUUCAGACUUCUAUAUGGCUCCUGAAGUGUGGGAGGGCCACUACACAGCCAAGGCUGACAUAUUUGCUCUAGGCAUCAUCAUUUGGGCCAUGUUGGAGAGAAUUACUUUCAUUGACGCAGAGUCUAAGCGGGAGCUCCUGGGAACAUAUGUGAGACAAGGAGCAGACAUUGUGCCAGUGGGUGAGGCACUGCUAGAGAAUCCAAAGAUGGUACUGAGCAUCCCACAGAAACGCAGAUCAUGCAUGUCUGACGGAGUGAGGAAGCUGCUUCAGGACAUGCUUGCCGUCAACCCUCAGGACCGGCCAGAUGCAUUUGAGCUGCAGGCCAGAAUGGACCAGGUUAUGUGUGCAGCAUGACCCUCAGCCAGAUUGUUUUACAGACACGUGUUUCUACCUGGAGCUGCUACAACAAUGAGGGUCUCUGUGUUCAUCUCUGUUAAAGACUGUGAAGAAUAAGGAGAAGCAAAGGAAAGCAGUUUAGAUGCUGAAAUGGGAUUUUUGUUUUCUUUUUAAGUUGUUUACAGUGAGGUCAUCUGCCAGUUCUGAUAGAGACUGAUUGUCCUCCCCUGAAUAUUCUAACAGAGCCAGAAAUGUUACAUCUGCUGCUUAGUGGGAAGCUUGGUUAAAUGGGUGUAGCCACACCUCCAUCAAAGAAUAGAGGUCUGGAGAAAUUCCCCUCAGAAAAGACAAUACAGUGGCACUAUGCUGAACCAAGGGCAGUACAUUGAUUUACUCUAAAAUGAAGCUAAGCUGCAGCAUUAGUCUAUAUGUGUGUGUUCACAGAGGUGAUGUCUACAUGUGUCUGGUACUUUGAUAAUCUUCAAAAAAAUCACUGUAACAUCAGAUACAUAUUGCUACUGGGAACCUUCAUGUGAUGGAGAUUUUUGUUAUUUUUGUUAUUUUGUCUGGUCUUUUGUCAGAUGUUUUACCGUACCUGCCUUGUGUUUUUCCUGUUGAUUGUCUGUUGUUAACAACAUCAGUGCCAUGUGUUGCCCCAGUGAGAUUUGACAGCUUUAUGUUAUGACAUUGUCACUGCCCUUACUGUGUUGUCGGUGUUAAAUUUCUCUGGACAUCUGUUGGUUAACAUGGAGGUACACUACAUAGGGGUCAUGGUUAGUUAUUAGGAGAAGGGGAUCUAAAUUGUAAUAUUGGUAUAAUUCUAUCACGAUAAAGUUAAUUUUCCAGAUAUUCAGUCGAGACUAUUUUAGCUAACCCAGAGAAUCAAAGCGAUGCAAAACCCUGUAAAUUCAAUAUUGUCAGAAUAAAGUCUUGCUCUUUGAUUCACAGCUUGUCUGCAGUGAAAGCAGCAGUUUUAAAGGCAUAGUUACCUUGGUAUAAACAGUGUGGCAGAAUUUCUGGCAAAUUUAUAUUGUCUCACAGUAAAAAAAAAUCACCCAUCUCUAUUAGCCACUGGAUAAUUCUAGAUAUUUUUAGCCGGGGUUUGUUUUCUUGAUUUUACUGUCAUAUUGUGAUCAUGUGUUAAGCAGUCUAUCCAAAGGGAUCAAUGGAAACUCUUGAAACACAGCACCACCCUUUAUUUCCACAAUCCUUUAAUAGAUACCACAAAUUUUAUGGUACUUUUUGGCAUUAUCACGCUUACCUCUUCACUCUGCCACCUUUCUAAGGUACAUCCUUAGAUGUCCACUGUCCAGUCACUUAAUGCUCAUAAACGCAAGCAGACUUGACCCUGAGGAUGCAGGGCAGAGUAUUUUCAGUUAGUUGUUUGAGUUUCACAUGGACCUUUUGGAUGUAAUCUUUUGUUGGUAUGAAUGUGAAAGCUAGGAAGUUAAAGCCCAGGUCUAAUUUAAUUUAACAGUUUUUUUUUUUUGGUUUGUUUGUUUGUUUGUCUUUGUCAACACAGCUGUUAUUAAUACAUUUUGUUGAGCAUAAAUACAUCCUGAGCUAGAUGUGUGAUAGAGGGAAUGUUAUUUUAAUUAAGUAGUAUAUCAGGAGAGAUAAGCAUUCACAUGUCCCCUUUUAUCUUCUCCCACACUCUCUGCCUUCACAUAGAAACCAUGAGGAGGUUAUUUUGCAAUCUGUCACUUAAGUUAGACCUCAUAGACACUUUGCAUCUUUAAUUUCCACUCCAAUCCUUUAUACCUAUGGUGCCUUGAAACUGACUGGUAGUCAGGCAAAAUUUGGCUAGCUGCUGUAUUUUUCUUUGAUUUGGCACUCCAGAUACAUUAUCCAGGGUAUAUGGUCUUGAUGAUUUAAUGCCCUCACUCUUUUUCUGUGGCCCAUUUAUUUGCUGAGGGAAAUCAGGUUUUUAGUUGGAACUGAAGGCUUGAUGUUUGAACAGGCACCAUUGAUGUUAAAGGAGCAGACUGGCCUAUUAAUUUCACACUAUUUAGGGUUCAAUAUGGAUUAUGAACAGGAUUUGUUUCUUGUUCUUAAAUAAGUGUUGCUAAAAUCAGUCACACGCUUUUGUGAGGUGCCUGUGAUUAAAAAUGGAAUGUGAAAAAUAGUAUGUUUAAAAGCCUUGCGGGAUAUUUGUCUAAUGAACCACAGCUGAAUGUUGUACCCUGAUUUUUUUUCUUCUUUUUUUUUCUUUUGUCCUUAAACCAAAGGUCGGAGGACCACAGAAUUUGAAUGAAAAACGUCAUUCAAGUCUGUCAUGUGUCCAACUAAACUGGGACCCUGAAUAAUUUAGAAUCCUUUUUAAUUGUACUACCUCAUGCUUCUACACAUUUUCACCCUUUCUUUACUGAGCCAUCGUUUCAUUUUUCCAACAAAGACAUUCCUCAGUUAGAAAGAAAACCUGGCAGAUUUCAAAGCAAUAGCUUUUUAUUUAAAGUCAUCACAGUAUUUGUCGGGUGUGUGCAGUUUUUCUUUUAGUGAAAGUAUUGGAUUGUAUAAGCAACACAGCUUUUGACAACUCUCAGUUGCUUGACUGUUUCUUUCUGUUUUACUGCUGCGUUAUGAGAAAUGGGUUUACACUGAUACAGAUGUUUACACGGCUUUAGCCCAACCCAGGCCAUGAUGUACGUCGGCUAAUUGCUUGAACCUUUGUGAAAAAAGCACCUCAGUUCCCCAUCUUUGUUUCACUAAUGUAUGAAUAUUUGGGUAGAAGUGAUAAUCUUGAGCUGGAGAUGAGCAAAUGGUAAUGUACUCUUAAGAUUUUAUUUAGAUAUCUUAGGAAUGGCAUUCAUUUUACUUUCAUUUAGAGGAAUGUACUGAAAAUUUCAAAAUAUUAAGCAAACUCUUAAAAUAACCCUCAUGUCCAUGUAACGGACUCUGGAUGCUUUCCAUUGGUGUUGGGAUAAUGUACCUUUCAAUUUGUGUAGCAGCACCAUGUUUGACUAAACUCUAAUGACUAAUACGUCACUUGUUUUACAUGCAUUUUAUGAACACUCUUCUAUGCAACUCUGCCUCCCUGGAUGCAUUGUGGAACAAUCCAGGUCUGGUUGAUUUUGUGUUAGUCCUCUAUUUCUCAUCCUGACAGGAACUAUACUAGACAACUGGAUCUUGAGUUCAGGUGGACCAUUUGACCCUUUAUUUCAACUGGAUUUACAGUCCUUGAUGUACAUGUAAUUAAAACCAUUUGCUUGGAUGAAAACAUGUUUUUUUUAUUGCCAACUUUGUACAUAUCAGAGCUCUGUUUCAAUAAAGGUUGGGAAUACCUAAA